AAUAAACAAAGUAAAAGCAAUUAAACUUUCAAAACGAAAACAAAUUAGAAUUUUUGCAAUAAAUAUGAUAUUUAAUGCAAGCAAAUCUGCGCUGCUGCGUACUGGACGUAUAACUAGCGCUGUGCAAUACAUGAAUAGUUUUUCGGCCAUUCAACCCUUUCACACAAGCGCUGUGUCACAAGCCGCACCAGCCCCCGCACCAGCAUUACCGCUACCCAACAAUGUGGACGCCGCUGAGACAACGCGAUUUUCUCCGCAACGCUCGCGUGAUAUUUCCGACAACAUAAUGGCCAUGUCUUUUGCACCAAUUUCAAUGAUUGACAUUACGACGGACAACAGUUUGACGGCUUCACAGGAAAUGCAGGCGAGGUCCUCGUCCUUGCAGGAUCCUCAUGUGCAGUCGUACGAUUGCUUUGGCGCCGUCAGCUUGAAUGCUGUGAUGCAGAGUAAUGUGCCCACUCCGUUUGGUGGCAUGCACAAAUUCUCGCAUCUGAAUAUGCCGGGUGGACAGUGGUCACAGGAGUACAAGUUCACCUCGCAGAAUAUGCAAGCUUCGCAUUAUAGAGCGCUGCGCGAGAGCACACGUGCCGACUGGGUUAGCUAUGAUCAGAAUGCCAUUAUUGCUGGUGGCAAGGGGCAGCAAGGCACUCGACGUAAUUACAGCACACAAACUAAUGCUGGCGCACCAGCUGAAGCUGCUGAUGCGACCAAGAAGCAGGAACAGCAACAGGCGCCAACAGCAGCAGCUCCCGAAAAGCUGAGCAAGAAGGAGCAACUGAAGCGUGCUUUCAAGGAAUAUGGUGCCACCAUUGUAGGCUUUCAUGUGGGCAUCUCGCUGGUGUCGCUGGGUUGUUUCUAUGUGGUAGUGUCCAGCGGAAUAAACAUGAUGCCCGUGCUGGAGUUCCUUGGCAUUGGCUCCUCGGCCAUUGCGGAGAAAGUGGCCAUUGGCAGCACGUUUGUUACCGCCUAUGCUAUACACAAAGUCUUUGCACCUGUUCGCAUUAGCAUCACGUUGGGCGCCACGCCUUUCAUAGUACGUUAUCUGCGUGCCAAGGGAUUCAUGAAGCCCAAAAACUAAGCUGCAUAUCAAAACUAAUAUUUCUUUUCUUUACACAUAUAUAUUAUGUACUAUUCAUUAUCACAUACACAUAUACACAUACAUAUAUAUAUUUAUAGCCUAGCUGGUGUGUGUGUUUUUAUAUUGCAAUUUGAUCUUAUCGAAAUUGUCAAUAAAGUGUCUUAUAUUUUUAAAAACAUUCAAAGCAGUUAAUUUCUUACCCACAAGUAAAUCAUAUUUGUCAAUUGGAUCACAAAUUAGACCUCAUUCUCAAACAUUAAGAACCUAGUAAUUACAUU